AGGGCUGAUUUACUGCCAUGAAUGCCACUUUUCUAUCAACCCCACAAGCAUUGGGCACAAUGAAGUGGGUAACCUUUAUUUCUCUUCUCUUUCUUUUCAGCUCUGCUUAUUCCAGGGGUGUGUUUCGUCGAGAAGCACACAAGAGUGAGAUUGCUCAUCGAUUUAAAGAUUUGGGAGAAGAACAUUUCAAAGGCCUGACACUGAUUGCCUUUGCUCAGUAUCUCCAGAAGUGCCCCUUUGAAGAACACAUAAAAUUAGUGAAGGAAGUGAAUGAAUUUGCAAAAACAUGUGCUGCUGAUGAGUCAGCUGAAAAUUGUGACAAAUCCAUUCAUACUCUAUUUGGAGAUAAAUUAUGUGCAAUUCCGACUCUCCGUGAAAAUUAUGGAGAGUUAGCCGACUGCUGUGCCAAAGAGGAACCUGAGAGAAAUGAGUGCUUCCUGCAACACAAAGAUGACAACCCCAGCCUGCCUCCAUUUGAGCGGCUAGAGCCAGAGGCUAUGUGCACCUCCUUCAAUGAAGACAAGCAGCUUUUCUUGGGACAUUAUUUAUAUGAAGUUGCCAGAAGACAUCCUUACUUUUAUGCCCCAGAACUCCUUUACUAUGCUGAACAGUACAAGGAUGUUUUGACAGAAUGCUGCCAAAGUGCUGACAAAGCUACCUGCCUGACACCAAAGUUGCAAGCUUUGAAAGAAAAAGUACUGGCUUCAGCUGCCCAACAGAGACUCAAAUGUGCCAGUAUCCAGAAAUUUGGGGAAAGAGCUUUCCAAGCAUGGUCAAUAGCUCGAUUGAGCCAGAAAUUUUGCAAAGCUGAAUUUAUAGAAAUUUCCAACAUAGUAAAAGAUCUUACCAAAAUCAACAAGGAAUGCUGCCAUGGUGACCUCCUUGAAUGUGCAGAAGACAGGGCAAAACUGGCCAAGUACAUUUGUGAAAAUCAGGAGACAAUCUCUACUAAACUGAAGGAAUGCUGUGAAAAGCCUCUUCUGGAAAAAUCCCACUGCAUUGCGGAGUCUGAAAGAGAUGAGCUGCCUGCUGAUUUGCCUGCACUAACUGUUGAUUUUAUUAAUGAUAAAGAGGUUUGCAAACACUACUCUGAAGCAAAAGAUGUCUUCUUGGGCACGUUUUUGUUUGAGUAUUCAAGAAGGCACCCUGAUUACUCUAUUGGAAUGCUGCUGAGACUUGCCAAGGGCUAUGAAGCCAAGCUGGAGAAGUGCUGUGCUGAAGCUGACCCUCCUGCCUGCUAUGCCACCGCAUUUGAUGAACUUCAGCCUCUUAUAGAUGAGCCUAAGAAUUUAGUCCAACACAACUGUGAACUUUAUGAGAAGCUUGGAGAGUAUGGAUUCCAAAAUGCGCUCAUCGUCCGUUACACCCGGAAAGCACCGCAGAUGUCAACUGCAACAAUCGUAGAGACUGCGAGAAACCUAGGAAGAGUGGGAACCAAGUGCUGCACACUUCAGGAGUCUCAGAGGCUGCCCUGCACUGAAAACUAUCUGGCCCUCAUCCUGAACUGGUUGUGUGUGUUGCAUGAGAAGACACCAGUGAGCGACAGAGUCACAAAAUGCUGCACUGAGUCCUUGGUGAACAGGAGACCAUGCUUUUCUGCUCUGCAACUUGAUGACACAUAUGUCCCCAAAGAUUUUAGUGCUGAGACAUUCACCUUCCACCCAGACAUAUGCACACUUCCAGAGCACGAGCAACAAAUCAAGAAGCAAACGGCACUUGCUGAACUGGUGAAACACAAGCCCAAGGCAACAGAGGAGCAACUGAAAACCAUUUUGGGAAAAUUUGGACCUUUCCUAGAAAAUUGCUGCCAUGCUGAGAAUAAGGGGGACUGCUUUGAACAAGAAGGUAAAAAACUUGUUGAGGAAUGUCAAGCUGUCUUAGCCUAAAAACAUCAUAAAUACAAAUAUCUCAGCCUACCCUGAGAAAAAGAGAGAUGAAGAGUUAGAGCUUCCUCAUCUGUUUUUCUUUUCUGUUGGUAUAAAACCAGCACACUAUCCAAGGAAUGCAAAUUUCUUUAAACACUUGAUCACUUUUCUCUGUGUUGCAAUUAAUAAAAAUGUAAACAAUCCAA